CCUAGCGACACUCACAAUACAUAAUUACUUUCUUCCAACCAUCUCUAAUAACCUUUUUUUUUAUUCUUUACACCCACGACAACAAUAAAUUUGUUCAUCACAUUUAUCUGCUAAUUCACUCGGUUGGAUAAAUUUUGAAAUCACCGUUUUUUUUUUCACCGUGAAAAAAAAACAACCAAACAAAUAUGGGGCCAAAAAAGGCAAAGGGCAAAAUGAUGGAUUCUGUAGACGGUGUAGAUACAUCGAAAAUGAGUAGAGAACAACUAGAGCUAUAUUCUCAUAAAAUUCUCGAGGAAAUGGAGAGGGAGCGCGAGGAGAGAAAUUUUUUUCAACUUGAAAGAGAUAAAUUACGUACUUUUUGGGAAAUAACAAGACAUCAGCUGGAUGAAGCACGAGCAGCUAUUAGGAAUAAAGAGAGAGAAAAAGAAGAAUUAAUGGAGAAACACGAAGCUGAGAUAAAAUUGUACAAACAAAAAAUCAAACAUUUGAUGUAUGAACAUGAGACGAAUUUAUCGGAAACCAAGGCAGAACAUAUGGUUGCUCUGAAGAUUUCACAGGAUAAUCAUAAUGACGAAGAAAGGCAACUUAUAAAAGAUAAAAGUGAUCUGCGUAAAAUUCAAAAGAAUCAAGAAUUAACUUGUAUCAAUGAAAUUCGAGACGUUAAAUUGAAAAAUGCCCAAGAAACCAGUGCAUUAAUGAAGAAAUUUCAAUGUGAGGCUAUGGAACUUGAGAAGAAAUAUGAAGAAAAAUUAAUGACACAAUAUGAGUCAUUAAUUUUGAAGCAUCGUAUGGAGAUAACAGAAGUUGAAGAGAGAAAAAACAUACAGAUAUCAAAUUUAAUAAAAGAGCAUGAGAAGGCCUUUGCAAGUAUCAAGUCAUAUUAUAAUGACAUCACAUUAAACAAUUUGUCUCUCAUGCAAAGUUUAAAGGUGAUCUUUACUGAAAUUCCUUGCCAAUUGAUAUGUCAGAGAUUGUAUUUAUUUUCGGCCAUCGCCCAAAGUCUUUUUGCUUUAUUUCAGAAUCAAAUGGAAAUAAUGAAGAAUAAUGAAGAACGCAUGAAGAAACAAGUCCGAGAAUCAGUAACAGAGAACAAAAAAUUGUGCAUAAAUUUGAAAGAAUGUGAAGAACAUGUUGCAGAUUUGAUUCGUCAACUGACAAACUAUGAAAAGGAUAAAUCCUGUUUAAUUAAUACAAAAAGAAGGCUUGCUUCGAUCUCCAAAGAUUAUGAAAACUUGAAAUGGGAAAAUGAAGUAUUGGAAUUGAGAUUUGAAAAAUGUCAAGACGAACGUGACGAAUUGCACUCGAGGUUUGUCUCAUCGAUUUUGGAACUUCAACAAAAAACAAGUUUGAAAAAUGUAUUAUUGGAGAAGAAACUUGAAAAAUUAUCAGAUUUAAUGGAUCAGCGCGAAGUGCAAAUGAAUCAAGUUCUUGAUGAGGUAUCGCUUGCAAAUUCCACUGCGAUAACGGCGGAAUAAUAGUCAUAUCAUAUUUAUUUACAUGUAUCUAUGUAUAUGUUGUUUGUAUAUAUAUAUAUAUAAAAUUUUCAUUCACGACCAA